GCGCCUGCGUAGUUCUCCCACGCUAUGGGGAAGAUUCCCAUCCAUUCGCUCUACGCUUGGCAGCCCUUCCUGGCAGCAGGCAGCCAUCUUGCCGGGAGCCUGGGAGAGGGAAAGGAGAGACAGAAGGAAAGGGGGACACUGGUCUCAGGGCCGCCCUGGGGGCCUCAAGAGCCGGAGGCAGCCCCGGAGGCGCCCGCGGGCGGAUACGGCGGAAGAGGAGGCCGGGUAAUGGCCGCGGUGUGGCAGCAGGUCUUAGCAGUAGACGCGAGGUACAACGCGUACCGCACACCAACGUUUCCACAGUUUCGGACACAGUAUAUCCGACGGCGCAGCCAGCUACUACGGGAGAAUGCUAAGGCUGGGCACCCCCCAGCACUGCGUCGGCAGUACCUGAGGUUACGUGGGCAGCUGUUGGGCCAGCGCUACGGGCCUCUCUCCGAGCCAGGCAGUGCUCGUGCCUAUAGCAACAGCAUCGUCCGCAGCAGCCGCACUACCCUUGACCGCAUGGAGGACUUUGAGGAUGAUCCUCGGGCCCUGGGGGCCCGCGGACACCGCCGUUCAGUCAGCCGAGGCUCCUACCAGCUACAGGCACAGAUGAACCGUGCCGUCUAUGAGGACAGGCCCCCCGGCAGUGUUGUGCCCACAUCAGCAGCAGAAGCAAGUCGAGCCAUGGCUGGAGACACAUCGCUGAGUGAGAACUAUGCCUUUGCGGGCAUGUACCAUGUUUUUGACCAGCACGUGGAUGAGGCAGUCCCAAGGGUGCGCUUCGCCAAUGACGACCGGCACCGCCUGGCUUGCUGCUCCCUUGAUGGUAGCAUCUCACUGUGCCAGCUGGUGCCUGCUCCACCCACCGUGCUCCGAGUGUUGCGGGGCCACACCCGCGGUGUCUCCGAUUUCGCCUGGUCCCUCUCCAAUGACAUCCUUGUGUCCACCUCACUCGAUGCUACCAUGCGCAUCUGGGCCUCUGAGGACGGCUGCUGCAUCCGGGAGAUCCCUGACCCUGAUGGCGCUGAAUUGCUCUGCUGCACCUUCCAGCCAGUCAACAACAACCUCACUGUGGUGGGGAAUGCCAAGCAUAACGUACAUGUCAUGAACAUCUCCACGGGAAAGAAAGUGAAAGGUGGCUCCAGCAAGCUGACAGGCCGCGUCCUCGCUCUGUCCUUUGACGCCCCUGGCCGGCUGCUCUGGGCGGGCGAUGACAGAGGCAGUGUUUUCUCCUUCCUCUUCGACAUGGCCACAGGGAAGCUGACCAAAGCCAAGCGUCUGGUGGUGCAUGAGGGUAGCCCUGUGACUAGUAUCUCCGCCCGCUCCUGGGUCAGCCGUGAGGCCCGGGACCCCUCACUGCUCAUAAACGCUUGCCUCAACAAGCUUCUGCUCUACAGGGUGGUAGACAAUGAGGGGACCCUGCAGCUGAAGAGAAGCUUCCCCAUCGAGCAGAGCUCGCACCCUGUUCGCAGCAUCUUCUGCCCCCUCAUGUCCUUCCGCCAGGGAGCCUGUGUGGUGACUGGCAGUGAGGAUAUGUGUGUACACUUCUUUGAUGUGGAGCGAGCAGCCAAGGCUGCAGUCAACAAGCUGCAGGGCCACAGCGCCCCUGUGCUGGACGUCAGCUUCAACUGUGAUGAGAGCCUCCUGGCUUCCAGUGAUGCCAGCGGCAUGGUCAUCGUGUGGAGGCGGGAGCAGAAGUAGGAGCCUCCCGGCCCUGCCAUGUCCACCUUCCCACCUGGCCCAUGCUCCAGCCUUGUGUUUGUAAAUAAAGUUCCUGUGCUUGUGCCGAUGGCUGGCUCCCAGGGCUGCUGGGGGCAGAAUAGUGGAGAGGGCAGCUCUAGGGCCCAAGAUGGGAAUGGGUUCACUUACUCAUUCACUCAUGCAUGUAUUAAUUUAUUCCUUCCUUCAAGAACCAUUUACUGAAUAUCUGCCAUGUCAUGGGCAACAGUUUAAGUGUUUUACGGUCAUGCAUUGGACGAACAUUACUGAGUAUUCACUGUGUGCCAGGAACUGUUCUAGUCUCUGAGGGUACUGCUGUGACCUAAACUGACAAAUCCCUGUCCUCCUGGGGCUUGCUUUCUAAUGGAAGCAAGUAGGUAACAGAAAUAUUUAAUAAGUCAGCUAAAAAUGAUUGUUGUGAAGACAAAUAAAGUGAGGACAGGAGAUACCAUUGCAGGAGUGGAAGGCUGGGCUCUUUUUGAUGUCAUGAUCAGGGAAGACAUUCCUGACUGUGGCAUUUAAACAAAGACCUGAAUGUAAUGAGAGGGAGCUGUAGUGCAUGGCGGAGGACAACAUUCCAGGCAGAGAAAAGGCAGUGCAAAGGCACUGAGGCUGGAGUGUGCCAGGAGAGUGGUUGUAGAAGCGGGUGCUGAAGGUGAUGAGGUUGGCCAGGCCCGAUCCUGGAGGGCUCUGUGGACCAUGGUGAGAACUUGGGCUUUUUAUCUGAGCAAGGGGUGAGUGACCAAGCAGUUUCGAGCAGAGGAUUCCUCUGUGUGCUGUGAAGAGAACAUACUGGGGGGCAAAGGUGGAAGCAGGAUGACCUGUCAGGAGACCCUGCAGUAGUUGAAGCGAGCAUGAUGAGGACCUGCACCCGGGUGGGGGCAGUGGAGGAGUUGAAGUGGUGAAUGUUGGCUUCUACCACAAGGUUUCAUCCUAGGAGUUUGCAGGGCUCUGCUGCCUCAGGGAGGCCCAGGCUUCUUCUAGCCACUGCCUGGGCCUCAUAUCUAUCUAUGCAGCAAGCAGUCUGUUGCCUACAAGCAUGGAGCUGAGGACUUGGAAUACGCACCAGUGUGGGACCAACCAUGGACUCAAAAGCUGAGCUAGUGGCUUCUGCUGGGAGUGGAGGGGAUGGGGCCUCUCUCCAUCCCCAGAGGAACCCCAAACCACCCAUACCUCCUGUCAUGCCCACUCAAGACCCAAAGUCAAGGCCUGGAACUGUUCCGAGGCUACCAAGUGAUGUUCAUUAUUUCAGGGGAGCCCUGAAUGAGGAGAGAAAACUUGGGGUAUAGAUGGGACAGAUCACCAAAAUCCCUUGUCAAUGACCUGAGUCACCAGAUGUCAAAGUUGCUGGAGAUGUCAAAGAGUCUCUUGGUCCAGCUGCCCCCUUUCCUUCACCUCCAUGGGCUGCCGUGUCUAGAUGCAUCAAUGGGAAGGGUGGCUACCACCUUGAGUUCUCAGCAUCAGUCCACAGAGUCACAGAGACUCCAACCUGGCCCAACAUCAUUGAGCUGCUGAACUAACACCAGCAGUCUUGUUGAGGGAGGAAAAUAACCUUCUGUUUUUUUUAAGCCACUGUUAUUUGACCAUGUGGUUACUUCAGAAGCAUUUCUACCUGGUACAGCAGGUCCUUGAAUAAUAUUUUGUCAAUGUCAUUUUGUAGAAAUGUUGAUGAAAUGACAUAGCAACUUUUAUUUCUAUCAAGUAGGUUAUGGUAAAAUUGGUUUUAUUAUAUGUUGUUUCACUUAAAGUACAGAACCUAUCGACAGUGUUAAGUGAGGACUUGUGUACUUCCAUCUGAGAGACCUUAAGGUAAAUGAUGUGAGAUGGGGCCAUCAGAGAGCUGGAGUGUUCACAAUCAAGGUUAUGUAUGCAUGUAUGUUGGAGGGCCUCAAGACUACCCAUACUCAAGGAUUUGCUAGAAGGACUCUCAUUCUCAGUGUACACAUGACGAUGA